UCUGGGGCCACGCGCGCGGCCAUGCUGAGCGGGGCGGGCGCCGAGCAGCGCGUUGCGGCUCCCGCCUCCUCGCAGGCCCGACCCGCCCCGCCGUGCUGAGGGACGGCGAGAGAAGCGAGGGGUAGAGCUUCAGAAUUCUCAGCAAAGUGCAGCAUUUCUUCAGAAGGAAAACAGCAGUGCCAACUUGUUAAAACGCAACAUACUGGCAUGGCAAGGUUGUGAGCACAUUCGCAUGAUUUGGAAACAGUUUAAGACUAUUUCCUGGACAGACUGCUUCUCUGGGCAUCGUGCUGUUUAAUGUAUUAGUGACCUCUUUGAGUGGAACAGAGAUCACUUUUGUGGACAACAAAAGGAUUCUGAAGGAAUAUAUGACCGAAGAAGUGGAGGAGUGUGCUGAAGAUGAGGCGACUGAAUCGGAAGAAGACCCUGAAUUUGAUGAAAGAAUUGGACGCCUUCCCAAAGGUUCCUGAAAGCUAUGUAGAGACUUCAGCGAGCGGAGGCACAGUUUCUCUAAUAGCAUUUACGGCUAUAGCUUUCCUGACUAUAAUGGAGUUUAUGGUGUAUCGGGACACAUGGAUGAAAUAUGAAUAUGAAGUAGACAAGGAUUUUACUAGUAAAUUAAGAAUCAAUAUUGAUAUUACAGUUGCCAUGAGGUGUCAAUAUGUUGGGGCUGAUGUUCUGGAUUUAGCAGAAACAAUGGUUGCCUCUGCAGAUGGGCUAAUCUAUGAACCGGUAGUGUUUGAUCUCAGCCCCCAACAAAAAGAGUGGCAAAGGAUGUUGCAGUUAAUUCAGAAUAGGCUGCAGGAAGAACACUCUCUUCAAGAUGUGAUAUUCAAAAGUGCUUUUAAAAGUGCUUCAACAGCACUGCCACCACGGGAAGAUAAUUCAUUACAGUCUCCAGAUGCAUGCAGAAUUCAUGGUCAUCUCUAUGUCAAUAAAGUGGCAGGAAACUUUCACAUAACUGUGGGCAAGGCAAUACCGCACCCUCGAGGCCAUGCACACCUAGCAGCCCUUGUGAGCCAUGAGUCCUAUAACUUCUCACACAGAAUAGAUCAUUUGUCAUUUGGAGAGCUUAUUCCAGGAAUUAUUAAUCCUUUGGAUGGAACAGAAAAAAUUGCAUCAGAUCACAACCAGAUGUUCCAAUAUUUUAUCACAGUUGUGCCAACCAAACUCCAAACAUACAAAAUUUCAGCAGAAACACAUCAGUUUUCAGUGACAGAAAGGGAAAGAGUAAUUAACCAUGCAGCUGGCAGCCAUGGAGUGUCAGGAAUAUUCAUGAAAUAUGACAUCAGUUCACUUAUGGUGACAGUGACAGAAGAACACAUGCCUUUUUGGCAGUUUUUAGUGAGGCUUUGUGGCAUUAUUGGGGGGAUUUUUUCAACUACAGGAAUUUUACAUGGCUUUGGAAGAUUUGUAGCAGAAGUUAUUUUUUGCCGUUUCAGACUGGGCUCUUACAGAUCUACAUCAGUCCCGCUGCCUGAUGGCCACACAAGCAACCACUUACCUCUAAUAACAGACAAUAGUACACAUUAGCGCCUCCUGAGGAAAAUUUUUUCUUUACGCCUGAUACAGAAGAGUUUUUUUUUCUAAUAAUAAGGAAAACAUUGUGCAAUAUGUUGAGACAGUGCUAAUGGGCAGCAAAAAAAUCAAGCCUCUAAAAGAAAAACCAACAAAACAAUUUGUGUGACCUUUUGUCUUUUUAAGUGCACAUGGAGUUCAUAGGAGUUUGUCAGACUGAGGUGGACCAUCUUCUGGAGAUUAAAGGAGCAUUCCUGCCAAUACAGUAUUCGUGUUGAAGCUGAGUAUCUUUGUGAUGACUGCCAUCAACCACUGAAGCAUCUGCUUAGUGAGCUUGUUUCAGAGCCUAGGAAGGCUAGCAGACUACAGUGAGAACAAGAGCGUGUAUGUAAGCGGGACGCAUGGAAGGGCCAGACAGCAGGCAAAGAGUGACAGUAACUAAUAAAGCUGGUGUUUUCUUAGAUGUACAGACUCGGGCCAGGGAUUGGGUUGUCUUGUUCUUUGUACUGGUGGGAGGUAGGCACUAAGAUACUCUGAGACGUGGGGAGAGAUUCUAGAAAAUCUUGAAAAAGAGAGGAGGGAGAACUCAGGGAGUAAGAUGGAGCCCAAGCCAUAAUAUUGGUUGCAGCCGCUGCCUCUCAAGUUCCACCAUUGCCUAGUGCAGGAACCAGUGCAGAGCGUGGGAGUUCCUCUGUGUUUUUGCACAGUUACAUGGCAAACAGAAUAUUACUCUGGUGUUCAUUAUGGAAGUGCCCGAAGCUUCUUUGAGAAUGAACCACAUUGUGCCAGACACUAUGCUUUUGAGCUGAAAUAAGAAGUCUUUUCAAGACGGCAUUUGACCAUGCUUUUGACAUAGGGCAAGACUCCCUAGCAAAAGAUCAGGGCGUUUCUUUCCAUGCCUCUUUCUUUAGUACGGAGGGUGCUUUGAGACAACUUUUGUUGCACCCCUGCUGCUGCUAUGUAAGCGAUCGUAUGCAAAUCCUGGAGAUGGGAAGGGAAAAGAUCAAGAAACUACCUUGCUUUGGUUCAGCUAAAUACUGUAGAAACAAAGAAUUCAAGCCAAUGGGGAAGUCUGCUAGCCCAGGCAGGGAAUGCUGGAGUUGACCUCCAGGCAGUAGUGACUGCAGGGAAUCUGAUUCAUUCUGCUGCAGAUAGAUGGUGAGGGAUCUGUAAAGUCAAUCAUUAUUGUUCAUGAAGUUUUUUGUAAAAAAAAUAAAUGAAAAGAGCAAUAUCAGUUUUAUAUUGUAAAUAUGCUGCUGAGAAUUAAUGCUAUUAAUACAGAAGGUGCUUUGAGAAACUGAGGAACAUCCCUUUAUUGUUGUUACUCCACCAGAGUCCAAAAAAAAAAGGUAUGAUUCCUUCUCAACAAAACUGAUUAUAUAUAUAUAAGGAGAUUAUACUGACUCUGGCCUUACUCACCAUGGAAUGAAUAUUACAAUUGAGAACAAGGACACUAACUAUGGAAAAAUAAAAGUUUCUGUGGCAUUGUCAGAUUUUGCUGACUUUUUUUAACGUACAUUUUAAGGCACUUGGGUCUUAGUGGUGAGAACGCUGUAAGUAAUUUAGCUGAUUUGCUGUGAAAAGCAAAGGGCUUCCUGAACUGAGAAAUUACAUGAAAUACUAUUAAAUAAAGUGUGGGAAAUGUUUGACUAUUGGGAAAGACUGAAGUUCAAGGAAGCCAGGUCCUAAGGGCUGACAGUCAGAUUUGGUGUUUUUCUGUUCUAGGAGUCUGAAUUUUUCUCCUAGUUUUUGUCUUUUUAUAACACUAAUUAAACUCCAGCAACUUGGAAAACAGA